AUGUCGAGACAACAAAAAAACCAGAGAAAGCCCAGAGAAAUUGGCAUCUAUACGCUGGAUACAAGAGACCUUGAUAUUUCGAAGAAAACGUCGACGCCUGAGAUGAAUCAUAUCUUGAAGACAUACGGCUUUUACACUGGUGUUUACCGGCACAAGAACAGAAGGAACUUUCACUAUGGCAAAGAGGAAAUGAUGACAGGGCAUGAUCUAAAGAGUAUGCUUGAACAGGUUUUCCGUACUGGAAGCCCCGUACCUCAAUCAUCAGAAACUCGCCAAGUGAUUUUGCAUCUCAUUAAGGAGAACACAAGACUGUGCCUCUGGGCUAUGUUGCAUUUUUUUCAAAUACCUGACCGCAACAGUUUGCUUCACAAUGGCGGAAAUGAUGCGAAUUUAACUCUCAAAGCUCUCAUGAUGCUCACGCUAGAAAGUUGCAAGAAAUUAGACUGGCGUGCAGAGCAGGAGGAGGUGAAGGCUUUAAUGAUGCUUCAUGCUCGAGAGGAAUUGCCCGGUGCCAAACGGCGUCGGAAAAAUGAAAUGAAUAAGGAAGCAACAAUAGCUCGAAAAGAGGCGUUUCGAGCAACCAGGAUAUAUUAUUGGGCAGAUAAUGAUGAGGAUGAAGAUAGCUGUCUUGUAUUUUCAUUCGAAAAUGAGUAA